GCUCUCAGCCUUUGCUCCGCGCUAGACCCGGCGCCGCCGCCCGGCUGCUUCUCCGCUGCGGCUUCCCACCUCCGAGGUCCCAGCCUCCGGGCCGGGGCCGCCAGCGCCGCCGCAGGACGGGGAGGCGGGCCAUGGCGUCCUGCGUGGGGAGCAGGACCCUGAGCAAAGACGAUGUGAACUACAAGAUGCAUUUCCGGAUGAUCAACGAGCAGCAAGUGGAGGACAUUACCAUCGACUUCUUCUACCGGCCGCACACCAUCACCCUGCUCAGCUUCACCAUCGUCAGCCUCAUGUACUUCGCCUUCACCAGGGAUGAUUCGGGUCCAGAAGACAACAUCUGGAAGGGCAUCCUCUCUGUUAUUUUCUUCUUUCUCAUCAUCAGUGUGUUAGCGUUUCCCAAUGGUCCCUUUACUCGACCUCAUCCAGCUUUAUGGAGAAUGGUUUUUGGACUCAGUGUGCUCUACUUCCUGUUCCUGGUCUUCCUCCUCUUCCUGAAUUUCGAGCAAGUGAAAUCCAUAAUGUAUUGGCUGGAUCCAAAUCUCCGCUAUGCCACCAGGGAAGCCGAUAUCAUGGAGUAUGCUGUGAACUGCCACGUUAUUACCUGGGAGAGAAUUGUCAGCCAUUUUGAUAUCUUUGCAUUUGGUCAUUUCUGGGGCUGGGCCAUGAAGGCCUUGUUGAUCCGUAGUUACGGUCUCUGCUGGACAAUCAGUAUUACCUGGGAGCUCACUGAGCUUUUCUUCAUGCAUCUUCUGCCAAAUUUUGCCGAGUGCUGGUGGGAUCAAGUCAUCCUGGACAUCCUAUUGUGUAAUGGCGGAGGCAUCUGGUUGGGCAUGGUUGUUUGCCGGUUCUUAGAGAUGAGGACUUACCACUGGGCAAGCUUCAAGGACAUUCAUACCACCACUGGGAAAAUCAAAAGAGCCGUACUGCAGUUUACCCCGGCGAGCUGGACCUAUGUUCGCUGGUUUGACCCCAAGUCUUCCUUUCAGAGAGUGGCUGGGAUAUACCUUUUCAUGAUCAUCUGGCAGCUGACAGAGUUGAACACCUUCUUCUUGAAACAUAUCUUUGUAUUCCAAGCCAGUCAUCCUCUAAGUUGGUGUAGAAUUCUUUUUAUCGGUGGCAUCACGGCUCCCACAGUGAGACAGUACUACGCUUACCUCACGGACACACAGUGCAAGCGCGUGGGCACACAGUGCUGGGUGUUUGGGGUCAUUGGUUUCCUGGAAGCUAUCGUGUGCAUAAAAUUCGGACAAGAUCUCUUCUCCAAGACCCAAAUACUCUAUGUUGUGCUUUGGCUUCUUUGCGUGGCUUUCACCACUUUCUUGUGUUUGUAUGGCAUGGUGUGGUAUGCAGAACACUAUGGCCACCGGGAAAAGACCUAUUCAGAGUGUGAGGAUGGUACCUACAGCCCAGACAUCUCCUGGCCUCACGGGAAGGGCACAAAAGGUUCUGAAGACAGCCCACCCAAGCAUUCAGGCAACAACGAGAGCCAUUCUUCCAGACGAAGGAACCGGCAUUCCAAGUCGAAAGUCACCAACGGAGUUGGAAAGAAAUGA